GCUUACGCACCACCACUCGCACUCGCACACACUCGCUCUCGCUCUCACUCUCCGUUCGCUCUUUUGAUUCCCCUCUCUCCAUCCCUGCACUUUACCUGAUACCCACUCCCACUCCCCCUCUCCCCUACCCCACACUCUAUUCCCCCCCCCUUCUUUUCUCUCCUCUUUGCCUUUUCCCCCUUCCCUUGUUCACCCCCCUCCCCUUAGUUAUCUAGGAUAGCCCUAGCGCAUUCUAGUUUGACUACCCCUGUUUUGGGUAGAGCCAGUAAGAGUAGAAGGUAAGUUAGAUCUUGGUUGUUGUUUUUUGGUAGUGACAGUCCUAGUUUAGAGUUCCUAGUUAGUCUACAGUGAGUGUAGCUAGGUCUCAUGGCCCGGCCUAAGACCUCUCCAUUGGGAGAGGGAAUGGCCGAGGACGACUUCUGUGUGCUGAGCACCCUUGGGGCCGGCAGCUUCUCUGUCGUCAUGCUGGCCCGGCAUCGUCACAGCGGCAAAAAAGUUGUGAUCAAGAAGAUGAAGAUGCUGGGGCAGACAGGCCUGGAGAUGGCGCGUGACGAGUGCAGCAUCAUGCGAGGUCUGAGCCACCCCAACAUCAUGCCCCUGCUCGGCACCAUAGAGACGGCAUUCCAACUGCUGCUGGUCAUGCCCUACGUGAGGGGGGGAGACCUGCGGGACUACCUCUGCCGCAAGGGCCCCAUGAGGGAGGAGGAGGCCAGAAGGGUGUUCCGCCAGUUGGCCUCGGCUAUGGAAUAUUGCCACGCCAAAGGAAUCGCUCACAGGGACCUCAAACCUGAGAAUAUUCUCCUGCAAAGCCUGGACCGGGUCAAGAUCACGGACUUUGGCCUGAGUGGCCAUUUUCUCCAGCAGUCCAUGGACAGCCUGCAGGGCACCUUAGGCUACAUGGCGCCCGAGAUAGUGACGGGGGGCACCUACGGCCCCGGGGUGGACAUCUGGAGCCUGGGGGUGGUGUUGUAUGAAAUGGUGAAAGGUCACCUGCCACAGGAACGACCCAUCUGGACUCUAUUCAGAAGGAAGCCCCGGCUCUCCCAGGAGCUCCAACACCUUCUGCACCGCAUGCUGAACUCUGACCCCAAGGAGCGAAUUGGGUGGCCAGAGAUCCUGAGCCACCCAUGGGUGACCCAGGGCAUGGGACCCAUGGAAGCCUACAGGGAACCCACCUCCUCCGAUGAGCCAGCCCCAGCUGACCAGUCCAUUCCUUCCAGCCUGCUGCCAAGUAUGAAGAAGAGGGCCAGCAGAAGCAGGAGCAGGAGCAGGAGGAGGUGUGUGUCUGCCCCACCAGCCCUGGGCACCGGCUCCUGGGAGCAGGACAAAGCCCGGGAGCCUGGCCAACCCCCCAAGUGCUCCAGUCUCCCUGUCUUUACGUCCACGUCCACCCCCAGCCUGGCACCCCCAGUGGUGCCUCCCAACACACCACACAGCAGCUGUCCUGCCUCCGGCCCCUCCCCCUCCUCUGCAGCAGCCCCAGCACCUGGGGAGGAGAGCUGCCCCCCCUCGGGCCAGGGCCCACAGGCCAGCAGCCCCUCCUCCACCUGGAUCCCCAUCCGCCAUGGGGCAGCCCGCAGGCUGCUGAACCAUCUCCUGCGGCUUUGUUGCGGCUGCUGUCUGGGUCCCCACAAGGGCGGCAGGACACGGGUCCACCCGCUCAGGACAUGAGGAAACAGGGCCCCUCGCAUGGCCUGGUGGAGGCCGAGAGCUGAGAGAGAGAUGCUCCCUGCAUCCCGCUGAGGCCAGGGACACUGCUGCCUCUGAACUGUCUGCCGCUGAAGACCCUGCUGCCCCAAAGGGUGCCUCCCUGAAUGUGAAAUAAACUGUGACUUUGCA